CAUGAGACUUCAUUCCUCUAUUCUUUUGCUGAGAAUGUGCAUUUACUGUUGAACAUCUGAUCUUCAAGUAUCAAAUAUCGCCGCUUGAUGAUCGCUACCACCCCUUGAUGGUCCAAAGGCACCAGGUGUCUUGACGUCAGGAUCGGCCUGGGCUUUGCCAUCCGCAAUCUCACAGGUGCCUGACUGACCACUUCUCGCGGUUUCUCCAGUCCGCCGCUCGAUGCAUUGCUCGGCAUGAUACGGUGAUCUCGCCUUCACCAUCAACGCUGUGGCUUGAGAGACCCUUAUGCCAGACUACCAUGCCCGGUUGCAGAUUACUUGAAGGGAAGCAGAUUCGGCAGCUUUGAAGCGGCCAUACCACAGACGAUGUUCAACAUGUCGAGACCUGGGUCAGGCCUUAGUAUAGCCCAACAGCUGCGUAAAACGGUGCAAUUGGGGUUGGACGACUCGGGCCGGGGCCUGGACAAAAAGCAAUCAGGCAACAAUUAUACUUCCAAGGUCAAAGUCGGCCAGAAAUACAAUAUCAUAGGGUUCAUUAGUUCUGGCACAUACGGCCGAGUCUACAAGGCCGUGGAAAAGAAUCCAAAGAGCGAUCCGUCCAGUCCUGUUGGAGCUACGCCGAACAAGGAGCUGUUUGCCAUCAAGAAGUUCAAGCCAGAGAAGGAAGGUGACAAUGUCCAGUAUACCGGACUAUCGCAGUCAGCUAUACGAGAAAUGUCACUGUGCACGGAGCUGUCACAUCCCAAUCUGAUACAUCUUGCGGAAAUCAUUCUCGAGGACAAAUGCGUCUUUAUGGUCUUCGAAUACUGCGAGCAUGACUUGCUGCAAAUCAUUCAUCACCACACUCAACCAACUCGGCGGCCCAUACCCGCCACGAUGAUCAAGUCCAUCCUGUUCCAGCUUCUCAACGGCUUGUUCUACCUCCACCAAAAUUGGGUCGUUCACCGCGAUCUGAAACCUGCAAAUAUCAUGGUGACUAGUUCUGGCCAUGUCCGGAUAGGAGAUCUUGGAUUGGCUCGCUUAUUUCACAAACCUUUGUCUUCAUUAUACUCUGGCGAUAAGGUCGUCGUUACUAUAUGGUAUCGGAGCCCUGACCUACUACUAGGCGCCCGUCACUAUACUCCAGCCAUUGAUAUGUGGGCUGUAGGCUGCAUUUUUGCGGAACUGCUAAGCCUCAGGCCAAUCUUCAAAGGCGAGGAAACCAAGAUGGAUAGCAAAAAGACGGUGCCGUUUCAGCGGAACCAGAUGGGCAAGAUUGUUGAAAUCUUGGGAAUGCCUCGACGGGAGAACUGGAAAGGGCUGGUGGACAUGCCGGAAUAUCCUCAACUACAGUCUCUCAUUGUCUCACGGGGAGGAAUGCCGGGAAGCCUAUAUCCGACGUCUUCCACGAGUCUGAACCGUACUGGCAACAAUGGCAGCGGCUUGGAGAAUUGGUACAACAACUGCUUACGACACGCAAGCUAUCCUGCAGAUAGAUCUCCUGGGCAGAAGGGAUUCCAGCUGUUGUCCGAGCUUUUUGAGUACGAUCCUGAUCAGAGAUUGACGGCGGAGCAGGCUCUGCACCACGAGUACUUCAAGAACACGGAUGAGGGACCUCACAAAGGCCAGAUCUGGGUCAGCAACAACUGUUUCGAGGGCCUUAACGAGGUAUACCCGCACAGACGAGUGAGUACGGAGACGAACGAUAUUGGGACAGGGAGUUUGCCUGGUACGAAAAGAGGAGGCUUGCCGGACGACACGCUUCUGCCAGCUGCUAAGCGCAGAUAGGAUACCUCUUCUGAUGUGCCGCAAGCGUUCCCGAGCCUGCAGGACAGCAAAAAUGCCAUCCCACCCGCACGGCGUUACGGCCAAAGAAAUUCGUCUCUGGUCUCCCUAGUUCCGAUAGAUACCUCACGGAAAAGAUGCUUUGGAGGAUAUGCGAAACCCGUAGGGAGCAGGGAGUAGGGAGUAGGAGUAAGUGGGAGUAGUCGAAUCUCAGUCGAUCUAACAAUGCCAAGACGCUAGCCUCUGGGUGGCC